UUGGCGAUUACUAGCUUCAAUCCAAGUCAAACACUGCAACACCAUAACCACUGGCAGUCUGGCAAUAUCGUUCUUCCAUCAUGCGCUCCCUGGAAAUGACUAUCUUGUCCUCAUUCCACACUCUUUGCAUCUUCUUCCUCUUCUUUGCGCUAGUCAAUUCUCGUAAGCUGAAGCUCCGUACAGAGCUCGAUGAAUCUCUAACCUAUUUAUGGCCGUUGCCGUCGGAAUUCACCUCCGGCAACGAUAUUCUCACCGUCGAUCCAAAUCUCUCGCUCUCCGUUAGCGGCAACGGCGGUAGCUCCGUGAUUGUCAAAGAGGCGUUUGAGCGAUACAAGCAUAUUAUUUUUAAGCAUGGCUCCAAGUUGGCGGGUUCCGGUGAUUAUGAUAUUAAGCAACUUAGUGUUACUGUGCAUUCCGACAGCGAAGAGCUACAACUUGGUGUUGAUGAGAGCUACACUUUGCUGGUGGCGAAAAGCAAUGAACGUUCGAUUGUUCAGGGGAUUUCCAUUGAGGCAAAUUCUGUUUAUGGUGCUGUUCGAGCAUUAGAGACAAUGAGCCAGUUGUGUGUUUUUGAUUAUGUGACUAAAGAUGUGCAAGUACAUAAUGCACCCUGGUUAAUCAAUGACAAGCCAAGAUUUAAAUAUCGCGGGUUAAUGCUUGAUACCUCAAGACACUAUUUGCCUGUUGAAAUUAUCAAGCAAGUUAUUGAAUCCAUGUCAUAUGCUAAACUUAAUGUUCUUCAUUGGCACAUCAUAGAUGAACAGUCAUUUCCUAUAGAAGUGCCUACAUAUCCAAAUUUGUGGAAAGGGGCUUAUACAAAGAUGGAGCGCUAUACUGUUGAAGAUGCGUACGACAUUGUUAACUUUGCAAAAAUGAGAGGUAUCAAUAUUAUGGCAGAGAUAGAUGUUCCUGGUCACGCAGAAUCAUGGGGUAAAGGAUAUCCUGAUCUUUGGCCUUCACCUAAUUGUACAGAGCCACUGGAUGUUUCGAAAAACUUUACUUUUGAUGUGAUAUCAGGAAUCAUUGCAGACAUGAGGAAGAUUUUUCCAUUUGAGCUCUUUCACUUAGGUGGUGAUGAGGUCAAUACAGAUUGUUGGACCUCUACUCCGCAUGUGGAGCAAUGGCUUGAAGAUCAUAAUAUGACUGCUAAGGAUGCAUAUCAAUAUUUUGUGCUCAGAGGUCAAGAAAUAGCAAUAUCACAAAAUUGGACACCAGUUAACUGGGAGGAAACCUUUAACACUUUUGCAUCCAAACUCAACCCAAGGACAGUGGUGCAUAAUUGGUUGGGCCCUGGUGUCUGUCCAAAGGCUGUUGCAAAAAACUUCAGAUGCAUUUAUAGCAACCAAGGUGUCUGGUAUCUUGACCAUUUAGAUGUUCCCUGGGACGAGGUUUAUUAUGCAGAUCCAUUGGAAGAUAUAGAUGACGCUCAACAGCAAAAACUCGUGCUUGGAGGUGAAGUAUGCAUGUGGGGUGAAACUGCUGAUGCUUCAAAUGUUCAACAAACCAUAUGGCCCCGAGCUGCAGCUGCAGCAGAGCGCCUGUGGAGCAGCCAGGAGGCCACAUCUUCAACAAAUACAUCAUCAGUUGCGUUGCAGAGACUGGAAUAUUUCCGGUGCCUCUUGACAAGACGAGGGGUUCAAGCUGCUCCCGUUACAAACUAUUAUGGCAGGAGUCCUCCAACAGGUCCGGGGUCAUGUUAUGAGCAGUAGCUUGAAUUGGCUUUUAUGUUGGCUAUGGAAACCAAGCUUUGAUCUUGCCAACCCUGAUAUUUCUGUAAAGAUUUGUGUGU